AUGCGUUCCUUCGCCGUCAUUGCUGGCUUCGCCGCCGUUGCCCUUGCUGCUCCCCAGUACGAGGCUUACCCUGCUGCCCCUGCCUCUUCCUCGGCUGCCGCUGAGUACCCGGCCUACCCCGCCGAGACUUCUUCGGCCCCUGCCUACGAGGCUGCCUCCUCUGCUGCUGAGUACCCAGCCUACCCCGCUGAGACCUCCGCUGGAUACGAGGCCUCCAAGCCUGCCUACGAGGCCAGCUCUGCUGCCCCCGUCUACAGCGCCUCCAAGCCCGCUUACACCACCACCGAGGUUGUCCACGCCACCAGCUACGUCUGCCCUGAGCCCACCACCAUCACCUACGGUGCCUCCACCUACACCAUCUCCAGCAGCACCACCCUCAGCAUCCCUGAGUACACUGCUACCUACGUCCACACCCCUACCCCCGAGAUCCCGGCUGUCCCCAUGCCCACUGUCUCCUCUGAGAAGCCUUCCGUUCCUGAGGCUUCCCACACUGCCCCUGGAUACUCGGCUGCUCCCCCCGCUCCCAUGUACCCCAGCUCCAACGGCACCGUUCCCCACGUCCCUGCCGGAACUGGCGCUCCCUACCCCACUGGCACUGGUGCCAUGCCCACCUCCACCAAGCCUGCCACCCCUGAAUUCACUGGUGCCGCUGGCAAGGCCACCGUUGGCUUCUUCGCCAUCGCUGGUGCCGUCGCUGCUUUCUUGUAA